UGAAUUCAUAUUGGCGUCUGUUCAGGGCUUCGGGGCUCGUGUGAUGUCUUCCUGGAUAGGUCUAGCGCCUUAUGACUCUGGAAGCGACGUUAAUAAUCCAUCCUAAUUCAUAUCCACCGAGUGAGGAUCCAGGUUUUGCUUCAGGAGAGGAUCAGGAGAUGCUAAAGCCGAAAUCAGAAUUUUCUAGUUGGUGACUGAGUUCAAUGAGCUCCGCAUACUCUUUCUGGGUACAGAAAGAGCGACAGAGAGAAAGAAUAAACUAUAUAUAUCAACAAUUGCCGGGAUGCCUUUUUUCUAUAUAUAUCUAUCAUAGUACAGAGUAUACUCUGCCUCAGCGAUACGGAAGGUUAACGUGGACCUUAAUUUAUUACUCCUCCGCCGUUGGACCUAUUCCCCUAUGUACACUGUACACCACAGGCCAUCUGUUCUUUUUCUGUCUUUUACUUUCUUUGUUCUCGCAUCGUGAGUCGACUUCAGACCCAGGGGCAACUUGGACGAGGAUCAUGAUCACCAAGACCGGUGGAGCCAUCCCAAGAGCAAACCAGAAAGGGUCCUUCUAGAAUAGCAUGAUCCCUGUUUCUGAUUGACUGAUUGCAGAUGAUGUUAGGGUUGCUCAACAAUGAUAAUCGGUUGUUGAAUCUUUUUUUUUUUUU